CCCAGGACCAAUCAAACCCUGGAAUAAUCGAGAAAGAAUCAGGCACUAGUUGUUUCGAGGAGCAGGGUAAGACUUCUAAUCGGGGUCGCGAACUAAAUAAAAGAUCCAGAGCUAGGGCAACUGCCGCUCCAUCGCCUCAUUUCGAGCCCAAUCUCGUUCUCCGAUCCUCCAUUUCCACGAUUUAAAAGCGAGCCGGACAGAGGAGAAAAACCCUAGCCAAAGCCCAUGCUCUGGGUUCCGUAUCGCUGACUCGGUCCUCAAAUCCUCGGAACCGUCGCAGAUCUUCGGAGCUCUCAUCUCCCAAGUUGAUCUUUUGGAAAAAAUACUGAAACAAAUCGACAUUUUGCUGCUAUUUUUCUUUGGAGAAGAGAACGAGCGAGGAUGACGGAGCCCUCCAAAGUCAUCCACAUUCGAAAUGUUGGGCAUGAAAUAUCUGAGAAUGACCUUCUUCAGUUAGUGCAGCCAUUUGGCCCUGUCAAUAAGCUUGUGAUGUUACGGGCUAAAAAUCAGGCUCUUAUCCAGAUGCAUGAUUUGCCUUCCGCUGUCAAUGUUCUGCAGUACUACACAAAUGUUCAACCAAGUGUCAGGGGAAGGAAUGUUUACAUCCAAUUUUCUUCGCAUCAGGAACUGACAACAGCAGACCAGAACUCUCAAGGACGGAAGGGUGAUCAGGAUUCACAACCCAACCGAAUCCUCUUAGUUACAAUUCAUCACAUGCUCUAUCCUAUAACAGUGGAAGUUCUGCAUCAAGUGUUUUCUCCUCAUGGAUUUGUGGAGAAGAUCGUCACGUUUCAGAAGUCAGCUGGUUUUCAAGCCCUUAUCCAGUAUCAAUCACGCCAGAGUGCUGUGCAAGCAAGAAGUACACUGCAAGGACGCAAUAUAUAUGAUGGUUGCUGUCAGCUAGAUAUACAGUUUUCCAAUCUCAAUGAGUUGCAAGUUAAUUACAACAACGAGCGGUCUAGAGAUUUCACAAAUCCAUCUUUACCUACUGAACAGAGAGGUAGAUCAUCGCAAACUGGGUAUGGUGAUGCAGGAGGUCUGUACACACUUCAACCUGGAGCCAGAGUUACAUUUGCACAGAUGAGCAAUGCUGCGGCAAUUGCAGCUGCAUUUGGUGGUGGUUUGCCUCCUGGAAUAAGUGGUACUAAUGACAGGUGCACAAUCUUGGUCACUAAUUUGAAUCCUGAUAAAAUUGACGAGGAUAAGCUUUUUAAUCUGUUUUCAAUAUAUGGCAACAUUGUAAGAAUCAAGCUACUACGCAAUAAACCAGAUCAUGCACUCGUUCAGAUGGGGGAUGGGUUUCAGGCUGAAUUGGCUGUACAUUUCUUGAAGGGUGCAAUGUUGUUUGGGAAGAGAAUCGAGGUGAACUUCUCAAAGUAUCCAAACAUCACGCCAGCCCCUGACACCCAUGAAUAUGCUGGUUCCAGCCUUAACCGCUUUAACAAUAAUGCAGUUAAAAAUUACCGAUAUUGUUGUGCUCCAACCAAAAUGAUCCAUGUGUCAGCUCUCCCUCAGGACAUUACAGAGGAUGAAAUUGUGACUCACCUGGAGGAGCAUGGCACAAUUGUAAACAGCAAGCUUUUUGAGGUCAAUGGGAAGAAGCAGGCCCUGGUUCUGUUUGAGAAUGAGGAACAGGCUGCUGAGGCUCUGGUAUGCAAGCAUGCAAGCACCAUUGACCGAUCGGUCAUUCGUAUUUCCUUCUCCCAGCUUCAGAAUAUUUAGAUCGACCCUUGGAGAUGGAUGGGAGAUGAUGGUGGGUGUGCUCCCUCUUUUUCUUGUACUUGGUACUGGCAAACAUUUGUCUUCAUGGGAAAUCGACUCUAGCACAUUUUGGAUUUGUACUUUGUGUAGGUUUCUAUGAUAAUACGGAAUGACCAUAGCGUCUCUGGACAUGUAUUUCUUGGUUCUUGGCAUCUUUGGCAGCAGGGAUGGUAAUUGGCUCCCGUCAUCUAAGAUUUCCUUUUCAUAGUUAUUUUGCAGUGGUGGAGUUUAUAUAAAUAUAUGGUAGUGUCAUGUGUCCUUUGUCAUGGCUUAUUCGUCCACCACGUAGCCAUUCAAGUUCUUACAUUUUAUUUUUUUGUCUUGUAUAAAGGUUGUUUGUGAAGUAAUCAUGAAAACAAGUUGGUCAGUAUAAGCGUGGAUUAAUGAAGA